GGGGGGGGCGCCAGGUCAGGUAGACAGGAAAACAGAAUGUCGAAUUGGUAGCUGCAUUUGCAUCGCUGUCAUGGAAUUGCUUUUGACUUUUUUUUCGCUGUAGCAGUCGCAUGCUCCUUUGCUUUUUAAUAAUCCUACUUCUUCUUCUUCUUCUUCUUCUUCUUCUUUGCUUAUACAUCAACGGAUAUUCCUACGUUCAUUUUGGAAUUAUAAAAGCAGCAACUUGGUUUAAAAAUAAAUAAAGAAAAGAAGAAGCAGAAGAAGAAAGAUUAGCUAAUAAAAGUAGCAGAGAAGUUAGAUUAGAUAAAUUGGGAAUGUGAGUUUGAUAAUGUUUGGAAAUUUCAACAGAGUAGUAAUUAAGGAGAAAAAGCAGAAAGUGAAGGAGCGGAUGUAUGUAUAUAUAUAUAUAUAUGUAUGGAGUGUUAAUUAUUAGAAAAACAAAAGAGAAAAGAAGAAUUGAAAGUCCAAGUUAUUUGAGUAAAAAAGAAAAGUAAAAUAAUGGCGCUGCUGAUGGUGCAAAUGAGGGUGAGGGUUGUUGAACUUGAAGUAUGUUAACCAAAGGCUAUAUGAUUUAUGGCAGCGGCGGUGGCAGCAGCAGUGUUGUCAUUUUAUCAUUCCCUUAGCAGAGCUGGAAAAUACUAACAAGAAAAUCGCCACCAAAACCAAAUCUAAUUGCCUUCUCUCUCUCUCUCUUCAUAUAUAUAUAUAGGAAUAUUUUCUUUUUUUGGGUUGAAUUAUCUCUCUCCUUCUGGUCUGCCUUUCCUUCCAUUUUUUGUCGGACAGAGUUCCCGGAAUCCUUAAAGCUCCGAUCCGUACACUCUGUUCUGAGAAAGGAAAGAGAGAGAAAUUUUGCGUACGGUGAGGGGGAGCUCAGGAUCCGGCUCUCUCUUUACCCGACGCCUGCGCUUUCAGCAUUUACUAUCAUCAAUUUGCACCAAUACUAAUGCUCUCAUCUGAGCAAUUAUGAUUGACAAGUGGAAGCAACAGACGUACGGAGAAGGCAGAUCUGGUGAAUAUUAAAUCCAAUUAAAAACAAUCAAUUAAUCAAUCAAAAGAAUGAAGGGGAGUGGUGGUGAGCGAAAUAUGUACAACACAACUUCAAUGCCGCCUCAGCAUGGACAUGGCUCCGAUUCCAACCGUAGAAUCAUCGUUAGCAAUGGUCCCAACCUUCGAGUUUAUCAAGCUUGGAGAGGCAGCAAUAUAUUCUGCUUUGGGGGUAGACUUAUAUUUGGUCCAGAUGUCAGGUCACUUUUCCUUACAGUUUUCCUCAUACUCACUCCAGUUAUCUUGUUCUGUGCUUUCGUUUCGCAUGAGAUCAUCAGUGAAUUUCAGCCACAUCUUGGCAAUACUAUUGUAAUUUUAUGUGCCAUCUUCACAGCAUAUGUUAUGAUUCUACUCUUCCUUACAUCUUCUCGUGAUCCUGGCAUUAUUCCUCGUAAUCUCCAUCCUCCAGAUGAUGAUGGCUCAGGUAUCUCUACAGAUUGGCCAGGGAUUCACGGCAGUGGUCCUAGUUUACCCCCAACGAAAGAUGUUGCGGUUAAUGGCAUGAUAGUUAAGGUCAAAUACUGCCAAACAUGCAUGCUAUAUCGCCCGCCACGGUGCUCACAUUGCUCUAUAUGCAACAAUUGUGUUGAGCGUUUCGAUCAUCAUUGCCCAUGGGUUGGGCAGUGCAUUGGGAAGAGAAAUUACCGAUUCUUCUUCAUGUUUGUUUCCUCCACAACCAUGCUUUGCCUCUAUGUUUUUGCUAUCUGCUGGGUGAAUGUCAGGAAGAUAAUGGACACAUAUCAUUAUAAUCUCUGGAGGGCUUUGUUGAAGUCCCCUUUUUCAGGAAUUCUGAUAUUGUAUACAUUCAUAUGUGCCUGGUUUGUUGGUGGCCUUACUGCAUUUCAUCUGUAUUUAAUAUGCUCCAACCAGACAACGUAUGAAAAUUUCCGGUAUGGGUAUGAUGGAAAGACGAAUCCUUAUAACAUUGGUUGUGUGCAUAACAUUGUACAAAUUUUCUUCUCAAAAAUCCCUAAAUCAAAGAACAGUUUCAGGGCGAAGGUCAAAGUGGACUCAUCUUCAGUUUAUGCCAGUUCAAUGUCAUUCAGGCAAUCCUUGAGCCCAGAGAUGCCCAAAACUAGCUUUGACAUAGAAGUGGGAAAACGUCAAGCUGUAGCUGAUGAGGAUUUGGAAGAAAUACAAAGUCAUAUUGACAGUGUUGGUGGAUUGGAGAGGUGUGGAACCCAGCCAAGACAUACAAAUCGGGACCAGAAACCCAACUGGGAGAUAACACCUGAUAUUCGUAUGUUGGCUGCUGAGUUUGAUUUGGAGCAUGGUUUAACAGAUAGGCAGAAAAUUUCUCGAGAUUAUUAGAGUUGGUUUUAUGAUGUAAAUUAUGGCGGUUCUCAACACAAAGUCAAUGUAGCAUCAUCUAACUGCGCUGGCUGGAGCAUUGACAUUGGGUUCAAGUGGAAAGAUCAAAAGGAGGUUAGAACUCUUGACAUAUCUUUAAAAAGAAGGAAAGGGAAGCUCAUGCUUGUUUAGGUAUGAUUAGGUUACAUAUUGUAAAUCAAAAUUCCUUCACUGUUAAUUCAGGAAUAUUGUGCUAUCAUGUCUUCAUUUUUUCUUUCUGGAAAAUUUUGUUGGUUGUUAAUAUUGUGAUGGAUAAAUUGAUAUUGUUAGCAAUGCUCAGCUAAUA